AUGUCCCGCCUGGUGUCAUAUCUCUUUUUGAAUGCUGCAGACAAUCAUCUGCUUACCCCAGUUGUGGAGUCUUACCCUCUCAAUGAGCUUCGUCUGGCAGCCACCAUGCAUAUGUAUCCACCCCAGCCUGCUGCCUCAGCUAGUUUAGAUUCUCAUCCAUCAGUAACCAUGUCUUCAACCACUACAUCAGUCGUCGUCGAGUUCACAAUGGUAUUAUUUGAUAAUGCCAGGGAGCCUGCUCGGAGGAAGAGAGAUGAUGAUGACCAGCGGCUUCAGAUGACAUUGGGUCUGCAUGAAGCACAACAAGAAGCCCGUAUAGAACGAGACACACUAUUGGCUGAGAAAGACGCUCUCUUUCAAUACAAGGCUAGGGUCACCAGAGAGAAGUUGUUGGCUGAGAAAGAAGCCGAGUUAGCCCGCUUUUCUUCCGAGUAUAGCAGCAAGAUAGCUUCAUUGGAUAGUCAAAUGCAACAGGCAAACACCACAAGGUCCCUCCCCUCCCCUGCAUGGUGCCAUCUUGUAGGCAAAAGACCUGUCACCACAUGCACGAAUAUUGUUGGGUUUUCGAUAAUUUCUGACGCAAGUUCAGAAUCUGAUGGAGAUGAGGAACCUCAGAUUGGCAUUGGGGGUGAUGCUGCACCCCCCCUUACUUCACUAUUAGCCGAUGUUCCGAUUCAGAAUGCUACUGUUGGCAUGCUUGUUGAGGCGCUUGCAAAGGCCAAUGUGCAGGAGCUAUUUCACAUGGCAUUCCAUUUCGCAAAAGAUGAUGAGUAUAUGCUUCAUGUCACUGCAUUGUGUGAAGCCAUAUCGUCUUUCAUGCACAGAUCGGGCAUGGGCCCUGAUCCUCUCGAAUUGCAGUGGGAUAUGACAACCACACACAACUCCAAGUGGAACCAAAAAGUAAUUGACAUUCUCUGCUCCCAGUAUACUUCCUUGCUUGAGAAGAACCAAUGGACCUCAAGAUCCCGUCAGUCCAUCAUGGAAAAUAUUACCAAUAAAUUCAAUCAAUGCCGCAAGUGCUGGAGAAAAGCGCAGCCUCGUGUGCUCAGCGAUGGCAUUCGUGAGACUAUGCAAGAAAUAGGAGAUAGACUCGUGGAUCAGACCAACAAGUGA